AGAGAUUUUAAGAGGAUUUGAGGUUGUAAACUAGUCCAAGAUGGAUGGAAUAAUACGGUGCUACGGCCUCAGCGCGGGGAGCAGGGGUGCGGCGCUGCGGUGGCGCGAGACGGGCUCGGCACGGCGGCGGUGUGACGGCCUCACGCGGAGUCGCGGCUGCGACGACGGCGUGCAUGGACUCGGGUCAGCACGGGUCCGGUGGAGGGCCGUGCGCCCGUGCCUAGGCCGUGCUGCCCGUUUCCCAUGUAUCCCUUCCCCAUAUCCAUACCUGUGUUCCAUAUGCCAUAUCCAAACGCCUACUCGCUUCUCCCGUCGUCUUCCCCGCUCCUACGACCUGCGUUUGUCGAUGCUCUCUCCAUGGCACCCUCUCCUCUCCCCCGUUGCACCUCCUGCCAUGGAGCUACGGUCACCGCUGAACUCACAUAACUGCUCCCUUACCUCCUCCAUUAGACCACCGCCACCGCGCUCCUUGGCGCGGGCGCCCCCCACGCUUUCCGCCACCGCAGCAGCCGUCUCGUCGCUGUCCGCCACCUCAGCGGCCAUCUCGUCGCCUUCCUGUCCAAAGAAGAAGGUUCUCGUGCCCAUCGCCAUGGGUACGGAGGAGAUGGAGGCGGUCAUCAUCGCCGGUGUCCUUCGGCGGGCUUCCGCUGAUGUGACGCUUGCCUCUGUGGAGGACGGCCUCGAGGUGGAGGCGUCCUGCGGCUCCCGCAUCAUCGCGGACACGCACAUUGCCUCCUGCGCUGACCAAGUGUUCGAUCUUGUGGCUCUCCCAGGAGGAAUGCCUGGUUCAGUGCGAUUGAGAGACAGUGACAUCCUUCAGAGGAUCACAGUUAGACAGGCUGAGGAGAAAAGAUUGUAUGGUGCUAUAUGUGCUGCACCGGCGGUUGUUCUAGUGCCGUGGGGUCUCCACAGGAGAAAAAAGAUCACCUGUCACCCAUCUUUUAUAGGAGAUCUCCCUGCAUUCCGGGCAGUUGAAUCAAAUGUUCAGGUUUCAGGAGAGCUUACUACAAGUCGUGGGCCAGGGACAACAUUUCAGUUCGCUUUAUCAUUUGUUGAGCAAUUGUUUGGGCUUCGUGCAGCUGAAGAUAUGGACAAGAUUUUGAUGGCACAGACUCAUGACGGUCUUGAAAGGAGUGCAGAAGUCAAUGAGCUUGAGUGGUCUUGUGGUCGCAAUCCUGAUGUCCUUAUUCCAAUUGCAAAUGGGUGUGAAGAGUUGGAAAUCAUAAUUCUGGUUGAUAUUUUAAGACGGGCAAAGAUAAAUGUUGUAUUAGCUUCAGUUGAAAAAUAUCCAGCUGUUCUUGGAUCUCAAAGGAUGAAGAUUGUUGCUGAUAAAAGCAUUAUGAGUGCCUCUGAUUCGAUAUAUGAUCUAAUUAUUCUUCCUGGAGGACCUGCUGGGGCUGAGCAGCUGCACAGGUCCAGAAUUCUGAAGAAGUUACUCAAACAACAAAUGCAAGCUGGCAGGAUGUAUGGAGGGGUUUGUUCUGCUCUGAAGGUUCUGCAGCAAGAAGGUUUACUCGAGGAUAAAACAGUGACAGCUCAUCAUGCUGUAGCCAGUGAGCUCACGUGCCAAGUUAUAGACCAACCCAAUGUUGUGAUCGACGGAAAUUUGAUCACUGGUAAGGGGCUUGGGACAGUUGUUGAUUUUGCCCUAGCUAUCAUCAGGAAAUUUUUUGGCCAUGGACGAGCCAAAGCUGUGGCGAAUGGAAUAGUUUUUGAGUACCCUAAGAGCUAAACCCCAAGAAUUGCUGAAAUCACGAAAUCUACAAUAAGGACUAAUGAAACACAUUGGCUGUAAUUGAAGAUUUGGCUAUCUAUACUUCUGAUAAAAGCUUCAGUGGCAGUCAUUUCAUCAGCUUCAUGACAUGAUUUAUUGGUGGAUAAAUUACAGAGUGGUUGCUAACUGAUUAUAUGCGUUCAGAGGAAACUUUACUGUCUUCUGUGUGCCUGUAUUGGUUUGGGGGCGUAUUUUCCAAGGUUUGAACUCUGAAGGCAUUAUUCCUCGAUGUUGCCAUCAUGCUAUAUUGCUGUGUUUCCCAUCUGUGAAUUCAUCUGAGAAGCUUGACAUUCUAAUUCCGGACUUCCCCAGAUACUGGGUUUCAAGAGUGCAGGCUAGCAACUGAAUCAGUAUUUAAUUAAAUUUCGAACUUCUGUGCUGCGUUUUUUUUAUUGGAAGUCAUUUUGCCCUCUUUUUCUGUGUAUUGCUGAUGGAUUGCGGUUUUAGCUUCAUGGGUUGAGCGGGACAUAACUGCUCACAUGGUUGUCCCUUUAAGAAGUAACAACAGUUACUGAAUUUAAAUUGCAGUUAGCAUAACGGAGUA